AUGCAGCAACGACGGGAGGAGAUCCUCGCCAAAAAGGCGAAGCUAGCAGAGCUGAAGCGCCAGAGGGAGUUGCGCCAGACUCAAGGCGGCGGUCGUACAAGUUUUGGUGGGAGCGAGUUGAUCUCACCGACCCCUGGCCGAGCCGAUAACCGCCGAGAAAUCGAAUCCCUCAUCAACAGCCUCGUUGGCGAGAGCCGUCCUGGGUCAAUAUCGACGGGCGGUGCUGCAUCUCCAGUCCACAGAGGCAGUCGACCGAACAGUGUGUUGAGUGCGGGAGAGCUCAGCAAUGUCGCGGCGUCGGAGUUCACGUUACCGCCUGGGGCCGAGAGCCUGACGCAGACGGUCUACAGCCAUCCGCAGGUGUUGACUGCAGCCCCGCUGACGACGGUCUACGAGUGUCCGCCCUCGCCAGUCAAGGAGAUCUUCUCCUACAGCAAAGGUGUUCAGACGUCCGAGGACUUGCUACCGGCGGCGCCACUGCGGUCGCGAACAUUCUCUGUGGAUUCGCUCGCCGAAGAUGCGUCUUCCACAUCCAACAAGCGCAUGAGCCGACGAGAGCGGGACAAGGAGGAGGAGCUCCGGCAGAAGAUCCGGCAAGAGCUGGAGGAUGAGCUGCAGGCCACGAAGGAGCUCACGGGCGGAGACGGCAAGAAUGCGGCGCUGUCGACGUCGAACUUUGCGAGCAGAAAUCUGACCAACGACGAGCUGGAUGCUAUCAUCGCAUCAGACGAAUUUGUCGACUUUUUUGACCGGUCUGUCAAGGUCAUCGAAAAGGCACUGGAUCAGUAUGAUAUCUUGACAGACUACACACUGCAGGCGGAGGACAUCGACGACGAUGAUGAGCAGGGCAAUACCGGGGGCAAGGGCCGGCGGAAGGUGAAGGAAAAACGGCAAUUCUAUGAUGAGAGGUGGUCGAAAAAGCGCAUGGUCAGCGCCAUCGACUUCUCACCCAAAUUCCAGGAGCUGGUAUUGGCAUCGUACACCAAGAAUCCAUCAGCCCCGCACGAGCCAGACGGCAUUGUCCAGGUCUGGAAUCUGGAGCUCCACGACCGGCCCGAAUUCGUGUUCCACGCACAGUCCGACAUUCUCACAGCAAAAUUCUCCCCCUUCCACCCCAAUCUCAUUGUCGGCGGUGCGUACAGUGGACAAGUUCUCUUGUGGGACACCAGAGCACGAGCUGCACCAGUUCAGAAGACGCCUCUGACCGGCUAUGGCCACACACACCCCGUCUAUGCCCUUGACAUCAUCGGCACACAAAACGCCAACAAUAUCAUAUCAUGCUCCACGGACGGGACCGUCUGUGGCUGGACCGUCGACAUGCUGGCACAGCCGCAGGAGACACUGAACCUGGCCGCGCCACCACCAAACAAGACCGACUACAUCAGCCCACUAUGCCUAUCCUUCCCUCAGGCCGACCCUACGUUUUUCCUGGUCGGGACGGAGGAGGGUACAAUCUUCCCCUGUCACAGGUAUGACCGUGCCGGAGCCAAGGCGGGUGUUGACCCACGAGUCAGUUACAAGGGCCAUGCCGGCCCGGUCAUGUCUGUCGACUUCCAUCCGGCCAGGGGUCCCGUCGACCUAGGCGACCUGGUCCUCUCCAGCAGUCUGGACUGGAGCGUUAAGCUCUGGAAGGUCCGCGCGCCAGCCACGACGUCGACCAUUGGUGGUCUGGGUGCCAGCGGAGAGGGCGCAGUCUCACACCUGAUGGACUUUGUGCGAGAAGACGUUGUCUACGACGCGGCCUGGUCGCCUGUGAAGCCAGGUGUGUUCGCACUCGUCGACGGUGCGGGCUGGCUGGAGCUGUGGGACAUCACCGUCGAGACGGAAGAGCCGGUGACAAGGAUAAGUCCCAGCCCCAGGAAGGACAGCCGGACUAUGCUAUCCAAGAGUCUCAACAAGGUGCGCUGGGAACAGCAGGAGGGCAAGAGGCUCGCUGCGGGUGGUAUUGAUGGUGCCCUGACAGUGUUCGAGGUUGGACCGGAUCUGGGCGGGAAGGAGAGUCUCAGGAACGAGGAGUGGACCAAUGUCAAGAAACUCGUGAAUCGGGUCGAGACGAUGGGUGCCAAUGGAGCGACGGAAGUGUAG